CAAAAGGUUCCCAGCGUUUACAAGGUCCUCAAGGAAGCCAAUGUUGAUUGCAUAGUCCUGGCUACAAAGUGGUUUAUUUGCCUCUUUGCCGACGUCGUUCCCAUGGAGACGGUACUUCGCAUUUUCGAUUGCCUUUUCUACGAGGGUGACAAAAUCCUCUUCCGAGCCUGUAUUGCCCUGGUGAAGUUGCACUUGGAUGAAAUUGUCAAGUGUCACCAAUUUCCCGACGUCGUGCUGACAUUCCGCAACAUCUGUAAGGACAAGCAGACUCUUUACUGUCAUGAAUUCCUCCAGCCAUUCACGGCAACACUAAACCAAGCUGAGAAUGACUGUCUGCCCAUCCCCGGCCGAGAAAAGGAAGACUAUGUGAAGCCUUCAACAAAGGUGAUUUGUAUUCCCCUCCCCUCCCCAUCGACUGAAGACAGAGAGUGGGCCAGAAUUGGCCAUUCGUAG